GCGUGUGCACGCCUCGCGCGUGCGACUUUUCGCGUGUGCCAACCGAGCGCGCGACGUGCACCGUCGUCUCGAGCGCGCGUGUUGCACGCUCGCGUUGAAAACGGGUCGCGUGCGCGGAAUGAAGCAUUCAAGGACGCGCGGUGGGACGCGAUCGUCGUGGAUGCGCCGCUAAAUUGCGAGUGGAGAAGACCGUGAACGCACCUUGCAUCAACUACCACCAGCACUAGCAGCAGCAGCAGCAGCCGCCAUGGGGGGCCAGAUGACCAGACACAAUAAUCUCCUCCACGGACCGGUUCCCAUCACCUCCCUCCCGUCCGGCUCACUCCAUCACAAGCACGGCCCCGACUGUUCGGUCCCCGUCAUGCCGCUGUCGUACCCCUCGCACCGCAGCUUCAAGCCUGCGCACUGCCCGGGUCCGAGCUUGACUUUGCCAGUGGCCUCGAACCACAGCAAGCAGGUAGGCCUGCCGGCCCAUCAGCCAUGGGUCCAUCACGGCGAGCGGCCUCUGCUGUUCCACCCGACGGCCAAGGGCUCGCAGAUUGUCAUGGACGAGUCGCGGAGGAACGUCACCAGGAGGGCCAGCUUCUGCAACGCCAUCGUCUUUAGUGACAGAUGCGUGGCUGUUAAUGAGGUUGUCCGUCUGAAGAUCACGCAUACCAACUACGUCUGGCAGGGUGCUCUACGCAUUGGUUUUACAACACAGGACCCAUCCAAGAUGAACUCCAAAAGCCUGCCUAGGUAUUCUUGUCCCGAUCUGGCUUCUAAGAUCGGUUUCUGGGCAAAACCCCUGCCAGAGGAUCUUCUCUACGCCGAGACCGUCGUAUCCUUUUGGGUGAACAAGAAGGGUCGGGUGCUCUACCGGAUCAACGAAAGCACCCCCAAGCGGUUAUUCAGGCAGGUCAACUCCUUCCUUCCAUUGUGGGCUCUCGUCGACGUCUACGGGAAGACCAGGGGAGUCCAGCUUCUCGACAGUGAGACACUACCAAGCGAUGUGUCCAACGUCAGUUCCAUCUCUUCCCGAAUGACGUACCAGACAGAAAGGAGGCAUAGACGGCAACCGUUGAUGAGCAAAUUCGAGCUGUACGAAGAAGACCAGGAUGACGACAACCACGACGAGCAGCAGUGGGCUGACCACAUUCCCCAAAACUCUCAAAACCUGCGGCUGUGCUCCGAGCUCCGCAGGCACCAGGACGACGAGCUGCACGUUCACGCCGUGCACGGCGAGCACGUGCGCCUGAUGGAUCCUCACACGGUGGUGACCCUGAACCACGAGGGCCCGCCCAAGACGCUGAUCUUCACCAAUCGGCCUUUGGGGUGCUCUGAGAGCGUCUUCGUCAUGGUGCAGACCGCCGGGCCCGGUUCGCUGGUUUAUGGCGUGACGGCCUGCGACCCGAGCACUCUGCGCUCCCGAGACCUGCCGAGCGACCUCGGGUGGCUGCUGAACCGCGUGGAGUUCUGGGCCGUCGGGCAUCUGUCCGCGCCGCUGUCCGACAAAGAGAUCCUGGGCUUCGAGGUCAACGCUGACGGCGAAGUCCUCAUUAGCAGCAAUGGCGUCAACCUCGGGGUGCACCUGUGCGUGGACAACACCAGACCGCUCUGGAUGUUCUUCGCUCCUCAAAAUAACAUCAAGCAACUCAAGAUUUUUGGCUUGUCUUCACACUCAGAUGUCCAAGGCCCGCCGGGAUCACCCUUGUCCACACCCAACACGCCCACAGAGCCCGACGUGACCUCCGACAGACUCCCCUACUCUCAGCAGGCUUCCUUCACAGGCUCGAUGCUCUCAGAGAAUUUAGUCCGGUUGCUCCUGAGUUCAGCAACAACUACUCCCACCAAUCCCCACGGCAGUAUGUCUACGAGAACGCACUUCCGCUUCAGCGCUUCUUCCCUCUCAGAUGCGGCGCAGAACGCCCCCCCGGCCAGCCCGCGCUCUCCCGUCCCCCCACAAGUGCCCGACGACUGCACCAUUUGCUGCGACGAUGCGGCCGACACGGCGCUGUACGACUGCGGGCACCUUUGUCUGUGCUACAGGUGCGCCCUCAAGCUCAAGCAGGAUCAGGCCACCUGUCCCAUCUGCAGGAAGCCCAUCCGAGACGUCAUCAAAACCUACCGCAGCUCGUAGGGCCACGAUCGUUUCGCAGUGGACCGUUUGGAUCGACUCAGGUUUUCUUCCGAGUAGUCAAGUUCUAUACAGUACUACUUUUAAGUGUAUGAGUACGGGGCCCCAUUGUUUUUUGGAACCCUUCCGUUUGCCAUGUGGCGGUUCUUGCAAUUGGUACCUGGUCCUUUAUUGGGGAUUAUUGAAAUUCAUGAGCUGACUUCUUGAUACAACCAUUAUCACGUCCCAAUUAUAGAAAUCAUUCAUUUCACCAUUAAAAUACGAUACAAAAACGCAGCGCAGCAGUUCAGAAUCAAUAUUUAUCUAGUGACGUGACGAAAAUAUGAAAAACCAGAUCAAAUAUACUCACCAAAGCUGUUGAUGAUGAAAUCUAUUAAAGGGUGCUGCUAGCUCUAGAUUUUGCUCGCGGACGUUUGCGGUAACAGGUUUUGCUCUGAAUGAACCAAUCAGAUGAAGGAAAAAUGCCGAUGUCAUUGGGGGGAGGGGGUUUCAGGCAGCCCCCGGAACCCCCCGCGAGGACUCAUUUGCAAUCUGAUUGCUUUGUUGAGUUGAAGUUAGAUCAGGCAGCGCUACUGAUUCUGAAGGCCCACGGGCAGAUUAGAUCAACAUGGCGACACACGCAGUUCUGGAAUCUGAUUGGACGACUGAUUGUCCUGGAAGCGGCGCAGCCGUGAGGAAGGCCAGAAAUUGUAAAUGUAGGUCAGGGCUUCGGACGGCGUUCAGGCCAGUGGAGAAAUACCGACUGUCCGCCACUGCCGUUUGGCAACCGCUUAAAAGGGGGAGGCGAUUAACAGCCACGUGCCGACAAGCAAAACAAGAUGGCAGACGUCCUCCGUUGUUUCUUGUUUCCAGUGUCGCGUUCCGCCGCUUUGACGGUUUCCCGUUACAGCGGGAAAGGUCGGCACGUUUAUGGUGUACCGUUGGCCAGGCGGGCCAAACUUGGCAGACAAACGUACGACACGAGAUCAGAUAACGCCAUGGGUGAAGUAGCAAAUUUGUCAUUUUUAUUUAGCACAAUAACGUUUUGUUUUUUUUCUUUCAAGUUUACACGGAGUUUGGUUUUUGAUCAAAAACUGCACCACUUUCAGAAAAAAUGAGGGACCUUGGGAUUUUAGGUGAAAUUUAAGGAUACAAAAAAAGCUACAGAGAGACUGGAAGAGUCACAGGCACACAAGUGCACGUCUUUGGAAAUUUUUCACGGCUCGAACACCUGUUGUGAAUUUUGCCAAAGGUCAAACGGAAUUCGCCUCUAAAGGUUAAAGUGCAUUUGAGAUUUAUCCUGUAAUUUCACCCGAAAGCCUCAUAUGACUACGUUUUUCUGCUUUGUGUGGAGUGGCACCUCUACUUACAAAUGUCUCUAGUAACGAAAAAUUCAGGUUACAAAACGCCGCCUCGGAAAAAUAUUCUCUCGAGUUGCGAAGGAAAUUCAGGAUACAAAAGGAAAAACUAGUCGCUGGAUUCCCCAACUUCCACCCACCGUUAACAUCCUGUAUCUUGGUUUGUGUGGUGCGAUAGUGCUGCUCUCCCAUUGGCUAUCAUCGUAGCAUCUUCCUCGCAUCCCAUUGGCUAGGAGGGACAUCACUCUUUACCCAUGAUGCUUUUUGAUUCCCUCGGACACUCGACUGACACUGAAUCACGCUAGCGCUGUCACAAGCUAAUGCACAUCGGAAAAGUACAACUUUUUUGUUUGUGUUUUUUGCAAGUUUAUUUAUUUUAUUCUUCACCAUGGACAUCAAAAAACUUUAGUUGAAUUAUGUUUGUACGCAUUUUCUCUCGACUGUCGAACAUUUGCCGCCGCCUCCUCCAUCCCGCACACUUCUCACACUCACCGUUCGCAUAGUCGCCCAACGCCAAAGGUAAAUUAACAUAAUGUUUUUAUGAUUGUUUACAUUGUGUACUUUGAAUGCUUAUUUUUGGCAGGGGAGUGGUCUCAGUGGGGGCGGGGGGGGGGUUGGAACGGAUUAGGCUAUUUACAUGUAAAAAGCGCUUCUACUUACAAAAAAAUUCUUCUUUGGAACGGAUACAUUUUUUUGCUUAAAAUAUUGACGUUUUUGUUUCACCACUUUUUUCUUGUAAUAUUAGUUGAAAAAAAAUUCCCAAGAAGGUUUAAAGUCAUUUUCCAUCUUAACACUCAUAUAAACAACUUUAUCCUGACUUUUUUCUCGCAACAUUCCCACUUUUUGAUACUCAUUUUCUUGUUACUUUUGACACUAAAAAUGUUCCAAUAUAUUUUUUUUUUUACUCCAAAUUAUUUACAUGCAUAAUAAUUUGGAGCAUUUCUAUGACAUGAUUUUUUUUUGCCACUUUUGCUUAAAACAGCACUGAAUUAUACUUUUUUUUUCUUGAUAAUACAUUUGAACGCUCGGACAUUAUUUUGCUGCUUUUAUGAUAAUAAGCAGCAAAAGGGGUCGUCCUGGCUUCUUGGGAUUGGACGCGAGCGUCGAGGGCUCGAGGAGGUUGCAAAUAAGCCGGGAAUUGGACGAAGGUCACCUUGUUGCUUUUGAAUAAAUAAUAAUAAUAAAAAAUAGCAUUGAAGCAUGUCUGACUUGAUGUCAUUUGAUAACGGCACCAAAAAAAAACAAAAAAAAAAGCUGUCUGGCUUUUUGUAAAGUAGCUUUCAAAUAAUGGCAAGUGGGCUUGCUUGUCCAUCUUCGGGAUGAGGAGGCGGGCAGACACAAGCGCGGCCAUUCAAUCGCGUUCAAUGACAACCUCGCGUUUGUGGAGAGAAUCUUUGAGACGGUGGACUAAACUCUUUUUUUUUUGUUUUUCUCAAAAUUUAUCUGCGACCCAAAUGAAGAUAAACGGUCUGGAGAAUGGAUGGAGGAAUGCCACUAAACAUUGAGUUGUACAAUGGUUCAACUCCGUACCUACUCACGUCUUACCAAUAUUUCAUAAAAAGUUAUACAUCAUAUUUUUUUUUUUAAUUGUAAGUAAAAUGGCGGCACAUUGGCCACACAGUUCUGAGGUCCCGGGUUCAAUCCCGGCCCACGUCUAUGUGGAGUUUGCAUGUUCUCCGCGUGCCUGCGUGGGGUUUUUGCGGGCACUGCGGUUUCCUCCCACAUCCCAAAAACAUGCAACAUUAAUUGGACACUAAAUUGCCUGUAGGUAUGAUUGCGAGUGCGGCUGUUUGUCUCCAUGUGCCCUGCAAUUUGGCUGGCGACCAGUUCAGGGUGUACCCCGCCUCCUGACCGUUGACAGCCCAGCUCGUGAGGAUAAGCGGCUAAGAAAAUGGAUGUAUGUAAUAAUUGUAACACGUUAAAAUUGAGCUCCUGAGAACGAAAGUCGGUUAACUCCCGUUUCAGUCGUCUUACAGGGGAGUGAUUUUUUUUUAUUUUUCUUUUUCUUUUUUUUUUUUUAAGUUUGCUCAAAGGCUGCCAUUAAAAGCAAAGCGCAAUCACGCCAACGUCCGUCACGUCUCCGUUUCAAAAUAACAAAGACGGCGUCACAUCGCUCUCUUUGCCAGUGGCUCCUUUGAAUAGUUUGAGCGCUGGUCGGUGUCAGUUAAAAACUCCAAAAAGUAAAGGAAGAGGGAAGGGAAGUUAAACGAGCCUUUUUUGGGUGUGGGGGGGGGGUGGGGGGUGUAUUUGCACCAUUAUUGUCACUUGCUGUGCCUUUUUUUAAAAACGGUAAUAAGCCCUUCAAAUGUCGCGUCGCCAUUUUUAUUGAAUUUAUUUGUGCGGGAGUCCAUUGAUGAAGUCGUUUUAAGCACUCAACUGCAUUGCCAAACUGGAAUUGUACCGUGCAGCUUUUUAUUUCUUUUGUCCUAAACCACAAAGUACCGUAAUUCCCGGCCUACGGAGCGCACCUGGUUCUCCUCACCAAGUACAUUUGUAAAGGAAAUACCAUUUGGUACAUACAUACGCUGCAAGUACCCACAUUAAAACCCGCAUUGAAACACGAGAUAUUUACAAAGAAAGACGGUACACAGAGUUUAACGCUAUUGCAGUGCUAACGCUAUUGCAGUGCAAACGCUAACGCUAGGCCUAACGCUAGCCCCCCCACUGGCGCUAACGCUAACAGGACCGGGUUAAAAUAAAACUUACUGGUAAAUAUCACUGAGACACGUCAGUAACACAGCAGUUACACGCUCGCACAGCGCUAACAGCGCCGGUAAAAGUCACUUCCUCGGCACACAUAUUCCACCGGUCUUACUCUUACCUUUUCCGCUCGAAUGCCCCCUUGCGGCCGUGAGAAAAAAUGCACAAAUGAGCCGCAUCACCGCAUAAACCGCAGUGUUGAAAGUGUGUGGAAAAAAGUCGCGGCUUGUCGGCCGGAAAUUACGGUACAACAAAAUAAGAAUGAAGUACUGUAUACAAGUAUGAGGUGUAUUUAUUUUUCUCAAUGCUUCUAUGAAGAAUUCUUCUUAUCCAUAUGUAUUGCCACAAAAACUGUCCCUAAAAGUAUUGUUUAUAGCAUAUUGUAAUUUAUUUGCUUGAGAAAUUUCUGACACUAUUUGGCAAAUUGUAGUGAAAAUGUUUCAUGCUAGAAUAGCUACAAGCUAAGAUAAGCCAGGUGUUUUUUUGCAUUUUAUUUUAUUGGUUCAUGUUUGGAAAACUGGUCAAAUUGUUACCAUGCAAAAUGUUAAUGUUGAAAAAUGGAAUACGAUGUGAUUUAGCGUAGCCACUUAGCUUAGGUAGCUUAGUUGAAAAUCAGAAAUAACAGCUUGGAUUUUUAUUUUAUUUUUUUGUGACCAAACUUUUUCCUGUCAAAAUUGAACUUGUAAGAUAUCUGAAAAGGGAAAUUUUGUUUUUAUUAUCAAUAUUUGAUUUUUUUCUUUCUAUUUUCAUGAGGUCGUUCACAUUGAGGGCUGCGUCUUUUUUUUUUUUUUUAUAAAAAUAAGCCAAUGAUGCCUCAUUUUAUUUGUUCAAUAAAGUUUACAUCAAAAAGCA